AUGAAUUUCUACACCGUUCUCUCGCUAAAGCACUGCCCGGUUAAAGUCUCCUCAGUAGCACACAAAGAAAAGCUUACAUGCAUUUCAGAUGACGGAUCUGCAUACGGCGGAUUCCAUGGAGGAGUCUACAGAAUAACAGAAAAUGCUACAGAGCUAGUGGGAAGGAUAAACCCCCCUGUCUCUUUUAUCAUGCGUGCUCCUGUGCAUAGAACAGAUGCAAGCAAUGUAGAUGAUAUGCCAAGUGAAUCUAUCUGUGGAAACACAAAAGAUGCUCCAAAUGCGAAUGGUAUGGCAUCAGUAGAAAAUUUAAAAACAUCCACAGAGUAUUCAGACGAGAAUGUGUUAGACACUGCAGAGAUUUCAAAGUACAAACAUAAAAUAGAGAAUAGAUGUAAAUGUACACAAGAGUGCAAGUGCAGCUCUUUGCGCAGCUAUGUUAUAGGAGACUGGGACGGAAAUGUUUACAUUCAUGGAAGAAAAAUAAAAGUGUCUAGCGGAUCAUACCCCAUUAAGCACAUACUUUGUACAAGGAAUGGGUACAUAGUGCACGAUAUGUCAAGGGCAUACCUUGUGCAAGAUAGGGUGGUUAAUAGUGUAAGCACCGGAACAUGGCCACUACAUGCAAUCUCAGAGCAAAAUAGAGUGAUAACAGUGACUGAUUAUACUGUGAACUAUCUUUCCAUAAGAGAUGGCCUUCUAGUAGACGAGGGAAGUAAAGUUGAACUGCUGAGGGAUGUAAAUCACACAGAGACAAUUAUCUCUUUAGAUAAAAAGUCAGAUGGAGUUGCUGGAAGCAUUGGUGGGUGGAUUCUGAAGCUGAACAGCGUAGCAGAGCCUGAACACUGCGCGAUUGAAAAGAUAGCAAAGAUAGCUGACACAAAAAUAACGGGAAUAGCGGUCUAUACCUUCAAAGGAACAAAGUACUACAUAUGCACCACUCAGAACGAGAUGCUUAUUGUGCACGCAAAGUCUAAAAAGCUCAUAGACUCUGUUAGACUAUGCGAAGACAACGGAGUGUUUGCAGUUCUCUGCACAGAUGAAAAAGAGUCUAUUUUCAUUUUCAACAGAAACUUUAAAACGUUCUAUGUGGACAUUUCUGCAGUUUUAUUAAAAAACAGCACAGAGAAAAAUGAAGCGCAGUCAGUGGCUGCACAGGAAAACAACCGAGUGGAUACGUAUGAAGACCUUCUUAAAGAGCUCAAUGCAGGGCUUUUCGACUGA